AUGGAACGCGUGUGGGCACACGACCUUCACCCAUCCUCUACCCCAACUCCACCCCGUCGCAUUGCGCAAUAUUCUAGGCUUCAAAGCCAGCACCCGGACCACGCGCCAGUCCGCGGCGCUUUCCUCCGUAGACAGGUCGUAAUGUGGCUAUUAGAGACUGACGGUAAUGUCUUCGAAGGGCGACGGCUUUGGCUCCGGCCAGGCAAACGAUAUCACUUCGGCCGAACGGACUCGGAACCCGGACAACUGGCCAUCUCUCAUAAGACCAUCUCGCGCAAACAUCUGACCAUCGAGGUUGACAAUGUGUCCGACGGCGAUAGCCAACAUCUCUCCCGCCGAUCGACCGUCACAAUCGAAGACUUGGGCACCAAGACCGGGACGACUGUAGACGGGCACAAAUACAAGGGCGAGAAGCAUGUUGUGGCCGCAGCUUCAGCAGAGAUUAAGAUGGGUGGCUGCCCUGACAUGUUCCGCUUGACCUGGCAACCUGUGGCGCUCACGUUCAGCUUCUCAAGCCGAGAAAUGCAGUCCGACCCCUUUUCGCGACUGCGUGUCGACCUUGAGCAGCUCGACGUGAAGUUGUUGGCGGAUUAUAACAUUCAGCAUACAACACACGUUGUCACAAAGAAGCGCAACACUUCCAAGGGAUUGCAGGCGCUGAUCAACGGAAGGUACAUCGUUGCAGACUCCUUCGUGGACGCCAUUGUCGCGGCCGCGACACCUCCAGAAGACGACGAUAUUACUGCAUCCUCUGCUUUGGAAACGGACUUUGAUGGCAACUGGCCAGAUCCAUUGAAUCAUCUGCCUCCUCGCGGUGGCGAGCCUGUCGAAAGGCCUCCAUCCGCGUAUGCGCCGGACGAGGCCCGCUUGGAAAUCUUUGAGGGGUAUACCUUUAUUUUCUACGACAAGGGACAGUUCGAUAAUCUUCUGGCGCCUAUCACCAACGGGAAGGGCAAGGCUCUAUACACAAAGGUCGAUCCAAAGUCAACAACAGUGGACGACUUCGUUCUCUACGUUAAAACGGAAGCUGGCGAGAAAGGCCUCGGUUCAUUUGACGACGGUAGCGAAGGACGAGGUGUCGUAGUUGUCCGCUUCGUACCGAACAAAGGUGACGCUGUGGAUUGGUAUGCCGACUUUUUCACUCAGGUCUCUCUCCGACUUGAUCACAGACCCAUCGAACAAAACGAGUUCCUGGAGGCCAUCCUCAUCAAAGAUGCCAGCAUAUUGCGCCGGCCUUUGGAGAUGGACCCGACGCAGGGUCCGGCAAACACAACACCGCAAGAAGAGGCGGCAAGAGUUGACUCCAACUCAAUGGAUAUAGAUCAGCCGACUACGUCACAGAAUACGCUACAAGAGUCUGCGCCCGCGCCUAAGCCUUCUGCUACCAGAAGUCGGGUGCGGAGGGCACCGACGAGACGCUUUGCUGGAUUUGACGCGGAUGAUGAUGAUGACGACGCCUUCACUCCUUCAGUGGUUGAGAGCAAAUCGGUCGAGGCCGAAGCUGAGGACGAAGGAUUGUUUGUUUCUCAAGACGCGCACGCGUCUAACGAUGUAGCCGAACCAUCACCAGAUACGAACAGACGAUCCCAAAGGAAACGCCCUGCAGCGCAGGACGAUGACAUUGAGGAUAUCAUCCCGACAGCUGCCGCAGUGAAAAGGCGAAGGAUCGCCGCCGGAGAAGAGCCUGUUCCGCGAAACGAAUCACCCGAGCCCGCGGAACCGGAGCCAAAGCCUGCCCCCAAGGUCAAGAAGGUGAAGAAGGAGAUUGACGUUCUAGACGUCGCCCGCCAGCAGAGGGAAGCGAUGGAGGCCCGCCUCAAGGCAGAGAAGGAAGAUUUAGCCAAUUUGCCUGAAGAUGUUGACUUGGAGCAAAUCCGCCGGUUGCACAUCGUCGAGGAGAUGCCUCUACGUCAGCCACCAGCCAACAGAAGUCACGAUGAAGAUGAUGAGAAUGGCAGGUGGGAUCCACGGUGGAACGGGAGGAAGAAUUUCAAGCGCUUCAAGCCGCGGGGUGAACUCACGGGGCGGCCACCUCAAAAGGUCAUCGUGACCCUGACGCAAGUCAAGCCCAAGGAAUUUGGUAUCGGAGACGAUUACUGGCUAGAGGACGACAGCCAGCGCAAGAAGAAGGGCAACGAGAGCCAGAAGAGCGGCACAGCCCAGGGCGGCACAGCCCAGGACGAGCCUGCGCCCCCGCCACCGCCACCACCUGUGUCUCGGCCUACGUCGCGACAACAGCGUGUUGUCUUGAGUGAUGACAGUGAAGAGGAUGACGACAUACCCGAUACCCAGGCUGAGCCCGCACCAGAGCCAGAGCCUGAACCUGAACCUGAACCUGAGCCGACGCCGGCGUCACGGUUGAGGAGUACGCACGCAACGACGGCUACGCAGUCACAGAACACCACGCAGAGCCAGUCGACGAGACAAACUCGCGGGAAGAGGGCCGCGCUGGAACCUGCCAAGGAGCCGCCGGCGAAGAAGCCGAGGGCCACGCGGAAAGUCAUUGAAGUUGCGGAUAGUGACGACAGCGAAGAUGAGCUGAAGUUCAAGUUUGGCCGGCGGCGUUAA